CAAGAACCCUAAGAAACAGCCAAUGGCUACCCAAUUUACGCUCCUUGCGAGAGGCGCCAAUCUGGAUUUCAAUCCUUGGAAGCCGCCGAAUCGCAGGCCCGAUCACAAGCAAGUGAGUAGCAUUCGUGGCAGCAUUGGCGGAGGCGCUAGCGGCGGCAGGAGGAGAGUGGAAAUUAGCCCGCCCGGGUUGGGGAGCUUCAAGCCCCCCAAUCUGGGAUAUGGAUCGAGCAGGGCCAGGGAUGAGCAAUCGAGGAAGAGCGAGGAAGUGGUGGAGAGCAUGAUGGAGAGCUUGAGGAAUGGUAUGGGAUCGUGGCACACGAGGGCAAAGACCAUCUGGGAGCUCCAGCAAAUGGGAUUUACCGCAGAGCAGCUCUACGAUGUCGCGCUCGUCACAGCACACUUGCAAACCGCCAUGGUAGUCGCCUCGAAAGUGUAUGACUCUCUAGUUCUAGCGCAAGCUUCGAGCGAGCUUUUAUCUGCCUUGGAAAGCAACGAGACGCACGUAUGCAGUCUCUACGAGCUCAGAAUUUUGUCAAGCAAGCAGCGCAAGGCAGCGGCCGAAUAUGUAGUCGAAAAGGGGCUGGAUACCAAAGGUGCCGAAGAACUUGCUCGAGCGAUCAAGCAGCACGAACGGCGGGCCGAGCUUCGUGAGGGCUUUAGUCCGUUACCCGGUGACUGCCUCGCGUUGAUGCACUACAGAGCCGCGAAGGAGAGCUCACAGGCCGACGAGAAGCAAAGCCUUGCGCAGCGAGCGCUCGAGUUUGCAGUCUCCGAGGCUGCUGUUGAGAAAAUCUCCAAGCUCCUGCAAAACGUGUAAGUAACAGGAAUGAUAUGAGGAUAGCUCGAUUGUGUAAUUGCCACCGAAAAGUUGCAAACUCGCCAGGAUCUUUAGAACAACACAAACACAACACCAACCGGAUCUUCGGUUUCAUCCA